AUAUCUUAGACAUGUUAAGAGUAUGGUAAGUGCUUUUUCGAGGAAACCAAUGAAGGAAGUUGGGAGUGUUCUUUGGUGCAGAGUGUCAUGAACUCACGUCUCAGACGUGUUGCCUUUAAGGGGAAGGCAGCUGGAAAGCUGUGACCUGUGAUAGUCAAGUGUGGCAGGAGAGCAGGGCUGGGAACGUUGUGUCAAGAUUUAUUAGCCUGAAGUACCCUCACAUCCUCUAGCCUUUAUCAUCAUAGCCACACAGUACAUUGCUGCUGUCUCUAUCUGCUCAUCUCUGUUUCGGGAGACUAGAAAACUGGGGCCCAAGGGCUGAUAGCAAAUCUCUCCAAAGGAUAAGAAAUAACGCCCCUCAUUUCUAAAUAUAGUGCUCUUUCUGAAAGACCAAGUUACUAUUUAUAUUUUAAGAAGGAGCACAUGAUGUCUGCUAACAGAAGAUAAAGGAGAAGCAAACUGGGAAAUACAUCUCAUCUCUGGAUUACCGACCCCACCACUGGGCCUGAUUGUUGGCAGUGACAUCGAUGAGAGAUUGGCAUUUAUUUCUGUUCUGACCAACUACUUUAUAGCUGUGAAUGAGAACUAUGCAUAUGUGUUGGUCAGCAAAACCAAGGAACCAGAGCUAUGGCAGUUGACAGAGUCUGUCUGAUUCCAGGAUAUUUUUCCUGGGUUCCAGCAUCAGGGACCUCCUGCCUUCCAUCUCAUCCACUAUGUGGUCCCUUUUACCGUUUGUUAAAGAUUAAGGACAUGUUCUUUGGUCAACAGCCAGAACUUAAAAUCUGCUGGAAUAGGGUCAGAGACCAUUUCAAUCACAGCUGAGGAAGAUGAAAUUUCCGUUUUAUCUGGUGCCUUGUCCAGGGAGCACACUAACUGUGGGAAACGUGGGAGUGAGAAGAGAUUGAGUUUUGUUUGAUAGAAACUCAUGGUUAUGGCGAGUGACCCAACGUGACCAGAGGGGCCAGAGCCACAGAGGAACUCAUGACGGGCUAUACCAUGUUGCGGAAUGGGGGCGUGGGCAACGGAGGUCAGACGUGCAUGUUGCGGUGGUCCAACCGGAUCCGGCUCACGUGGCUCAGCUUCACUCUCUUCAUCAUCCUGGUGUUCUUCCCCCUCAUUGCUCACUAUUACCUCACCACCCUGGAUGAGGCUGAUGAGGCCGGCAAGCGGAUUUUCGGCCCGCGUGCCGGUAACGAGCUGUGCGAGGUGAAGCACGUGCUGGAUCUCUGCCGAAUCCGCGAGUCUGUAAGUGAAGAGCUCUUGCAGCUGGAGGCCAAGAGGCAAGAGCUCAACAGUGAGAUCGCCAAGCUCAAUCUGAAGAUCGAAGCCUGUAAGAAGAGCAUUGAGAAUGCCAAGCAGGACCUGCUGCAGCUCAAGAAUGUCAUCAGCCAGACCGAGCACUCUUACAAAGAGCUGAUGGCCCAGAAUCAGCCCAAACUUUCUCUGCCCAUCCGGCUGCUCCCGGAGAAGGAUGAUGCCGGCCUUCCUCCCCCCAAGGUCCUGCGGGGCUGCCGGCUGCACAACUGUUUCGAUUAUUCUCGUUGCCCUCUCACCUCUGGCUUCCCAGUCUAUGUUUAUGACAGCGACCAGUUUGCCUUUGGCAGCUACCUGGACCCCUUGGUCAAGCAGGCUUUUCAGGCUACAGCACGAGCUAACGUUUAUGUUACAGACAACGCGGACAUUGCCUGCCUUUAUGUGAUCUUAGUAGGAGAGAUGCAGGAGCCGGUCGUGCUGCGGCCUGCUGACCUUGAGAAGCAGCUGUCCUCUCUGCCGCACUGGCGGACAGAUGGACACAACCACGUCAUCAUCAAUCUGUCCCGGAAGUCAGACACACAGAAUUUGCUGUACAAUGUCAGUACGGGCCGUGCCAUGGUGGCCCAGUCCACUUUCUAUGCUGCGCAGUACAGACCCGGCUUUGACUUGGUGGUGUCACCGCUAGUCCAUGCCAUGUCAGAGCCCAACUUCAUGGAAAUCCCGCCACAGGUGCCUGUGAAGCGGAGAUAUCUCUUCACCUUCCAGGGUGAGAAGAUUGAGUCUCUGAGAUCCAGCCUGCAGGAGGCCCGCUCCUUUGAGGAGGAGAUGGAGGGUGACCCUCCAGCUGACUACGAUGAUCGGAUCAUUGCCACCCUCAAGGCUGUGCAGGAUAGCAAACUGGAUCAGGUCCUGGUAGAAUUUACCUGCAAAAACCAGCCCAAACCCAGUCUGCCUACUGAGUGGGCUCUGUGUGGGGAGCGAGAAGACCGCUUAGAAUUGCUGAAGCUUUCCACCUUUGCCCUCAUCAUCACUCCUGGGGACCCUCACUUGGUUAUUUCCUCUGGGUGUGCCACCCGGCUCUUUGAAGCCUUGGAAGUUGGGGCCGUCCCAGUUGUGCUGGGGGAGCAGGUACAGCUUCCCUACCAGGACAUGCUGCAGUGGAGUGAAGCAGCCCUGGUGGUGCCCAAGCCACGAGUGACCGAGGUCCACUUCCUGUUACGGAGCCUCUCGGACAGUGACCUGCUGGCUAUGAGGCGGCAAGGCCGCUUCCUCUGGGAGACUUACUUCUCGACUGCUGACAGUAUUUUCAACACCGUGCUGGCCAUGAUUAGGACUCGCAUACAGAUCCCAGCUGCUCCCAUCCGGGAGGAGGCAGCAGCUGAGAUCCCCCAUCGCUCAGGCAAGGCAGCUGGGACGGACCCCAACAUGGCGGACAACGGGGACCUGGACCUGGGGCCAGUGGAAACUGAGCCGCCCUACGCCUCCCCCAGAUACCUCCGCAACUUCACCUUGACCGUCACUGACUUCUACCGCAGCUGGAACUCUGCGCCAGGGCCUUUCCAUCUCUUCCCCCACACACCGUUUGACCCUGUGUUGCCCUCAGAGGCCAAAUUCUUGGGCUCAGGGACUGGAUUUCGGCCUAUUGGUGGUGGAGCUGGGGGUUCUGGCAAGGAGUUUCAGGCGGCGCUUGGAGGCAAUGUUCCCCGAGAGCAGUUCACGGUGGUGAUGUUGACUUAUGAGCGCGAGGAAGUGCUCAUGAACUCUUUAGAGAGGCUGAAUGGCCUCCCUUACCUGAACAAGGUGGUGGUGGUGUGGAAUUCUCCCAAGCUGCCGUCAGAGGACCUCCUGUGGCCUGACAUUGGCGUCCCCAUCAUGGUGGUUCGUACUGAGAAGAACAGUUUGAACAAUCGAUUCCUGCCCUGGAAUGAGAUCGAGACAGAGGCCAUCCUGUCUAUUGACGAUGACGCUCACCUCCGCCAUGAUGAGAUCAUGUUUGGGUUUCGGGUGUGGAGGGAAGCACGGGACCGCAUUGUGGGUUUCCCUGGCCGUUACCAUGCGUGGGACAUCCCUCAUCAGUCCUGGCUCUACAACUCCAACUACUCCUGUGAGCUGUCCAUGGUGCUGACAGGUGCUGCCUUCUUUCACAAGUAUUAUGCCUACCUGUAUUCUUACGUGAUGCCCCAGGCCAUCCGAGAUAUGGUGGAUGAAUACAUCAACUGUGAGGACAUUGCCAUGAACUUCCUUGUCUCCCACAUCACUCGGAAACCCCCCAUCAAGGUGACCUCACGGUGGACCUUCCGAUGCCCGGGAUGCCCUCAGGCUCUGUCCCACGAUGAUUCCCACUUUCACGAGCGGCACAAGUGUAUCAACUUCUUUGUCAAGGUGUAUGGCUACAUGCCCCUGCUGUACACGCAGUUCAGGGUGGACUCUGUGCUCUUCAAGACCCGCCUGCCCCACGACAAGACCAAGUGCUUCAAGUUCAUCUAGGGGCACUGCGCUUGUGGGGAGGCUGAGCAGAGUGAGGGAGGUGGCUCCCCAGGUCCCGAGACGCUGAAGGACCUCAGGGACGCCCACCAGGUAGGUGGCUCCGACCCUCUGCUGGGAGAGGCGGCAGGGAGAGUGGGAGGGCGAGGCCGCCUUUCCCCUGAGGUCGGCCACACUGGGCCCGGAAGUCGGUCCGAGCUUCCCCCGGGCUCCCUGCGCAGGCACUGAUGAUAGCUCACACUGAGGACCAUGGGGACUGCAGGGUCACUCUCACGGUUCAGAAGCCCAGGACAGCUGGUUUGUGGUUUUUAAAUUCACUAACAACUAUUAUUAUUUAAAAAGUUUCAGAUUUUGCCAUUCAAGGCUUAUUUAUAUGUGUGUGUUUAUAUACAUAUAUGUGUAUACACACGUGUGUACAUAUGUGUGUGUGUAUAUAUGCACACACACUCACAUACAUAUACAUAUAUAUAUAUAUUUGAAGGGGAGUUUGACAUUUCUGCCCAUCUCGCAAAGUGAGGGACCCACUGAGGUGGUCUGUGUGUUGGUGGAAAUGGAUCCUGGCCUUACGGUAUCUGGCUCAUCUGUAAAGUGUCAUCUCCGUCCUCGCCAGGGGCGUGUGUGUGCAGAAAGAGAAGGGCUGAGCAUGGCUCUUCCAGGGCCUCCCAGGAGAUCAGGCCUGUUGCUUUGUUCCUUCCCCAUUGCCAGCGGCGCUCUGUAGCUCGAGUUGUCUGCUCAGCCGAGUCCUCGGUGUGGGGGACCUGCACCUAGGGGGCAGCCGGGCUCCCCUCUGCGGGACUUGGUAGGUUUGAGGCUCACUGCUGGGCUGUUCUGUCCUGGUCCCUGCGCUGCUCUCUCCCCUCCCGUGUUUGAGAGAAGACUGAGGAAGGACUGAGACCUGCAGACAGACCCCCAAAUGGCUUUUUGUUUGACCCUCCUUUUUGUUGUGCUUUGGCUGCAGACUUUCCUGAAGGUUCUCUCAUGUAGAGAACAGAAACCUGGGGGCUGCACUCCAUGUGUGGUCUGAGUGGUUGCGGGUCAGCCUACUCUCUCUGGUGCAGGACAAGUGAGCAUCCUUUGCAAUCCCACCCGGCUGGCCGGGAAAUCCACAGCAAGGCACCUGCCUUGGGAUAAAUCCUUGGUGAAAUUCACCUCCUCUUCCUCCCAUGUCUGGACCUCCGUCCUAUAGUUAUUGGAUCCCUAAUGCUGGGUUGGUUCCAGGACCCCCUGAGGUGUGGUAUGUGCCAGGAUCAUGGGAGGAUUAAGCUCAAAUCCAGCCUGAAGUGUAACAGGCACUCACCUCCCAUAAAGCUGGUUUAAAUUUCUGUUCCCUGGGCUAAAACAGAAAUAAGCUAUAUGUAUUUUUUUCUUUUUUUGGUAAUGGCAGCAGUGGGGGAACUGAAGAGGGUGUUGGUGGUGUUUAGCAGGGGUUUAGCCUGUGACCUCUACCGUAUUUCUGGGCCCCACUCCUCCAGUGAUGUUGAGUCUAGGAGGUUUCCCACGACGGAUCGAUCGGAAGCUCAGGUCUGCCCUGGGCACGCACAUGCCUUAAGCCAGCUCUGUCUUCCCCAGACCUCGAUGUCCUGUGCUUCUGUUUCAGGGGAACAUAUCUUCCUCUGACCUGCCUGCACCAGGUGGGUUCUCUUCAAGUUUCAUUUUGAAGGCAGGCUCUGUCCUGUAGGUAACACCCACCUGUAGGGCCUCUUGACCUGGGGCUCUCCCCGUCAGCAGACAGGACGGGGACCCUGUCCUCUAGACGCUCCCACUGGCAUCUUCUGCCCAGUUCCCCUGCUGAGACAGCCACCUAGGAGACGGCUCUGCUGCUCUGCAACCCAGCGGAGGGGUCCAGACUCCUCGCCCUAACUUUCUGAUGACCCCUUCUUUGACUUUGGACUUGAUUCUUUGUAGCAGUAGCCUUCUUCCCUUUGGGAAGCCAAAGAGUGUGGUGUUUUGAGCUAUAUAUGUGGCUGCUAUUUUUAUCUUGUCUGUUGUAAUGUGAGGAGCUCCUCUGGGUGGGCCUGGUGAGGAAGGAGCCGGCUGUGUGAGGAGCCAGAGCGUGGGGUCCCUGAGCGCUGUGGGCAGAUCCAGGAGCAGCUGAGUGGCCUAGGAUUACGGAUGACCCCAGAGUGCACUGCAGGGAGGGCAGUGAUGUCAGAGCACAGACGAGGACAGCACUCUUUGGAUCUGAACGGGACACUGACUUGAAGGACUCCGGACAGCAGGCUGUGAUGGACACUGGCCAUGUUCUUAAAGGAUACUUCUCACGGCAAGAGGCAGGGUGGUCAGAGCUUUUGGGGGCUUGGUUAGGUCUCCCAGAGGAGGGCUGUUGCUUUUUGCAAGUUGGAUUAGGGAGAGGCCCAGGUCCAGGCUUAGAAUGCCAUCGAUGCUGAUCGGUCACCUCGGGAAGCCAGAUGUCACCUGCACCACCUGACUCCCUGGAACACGGAACCGCCCUGCAGACACGCGUGGGCCUCCUGGGCUGUCCUGCUAACACCUGUCGCCGAGUCGUUGCUCCCGGGGCCCAGCACGUUCUUGACCUCCAGCUGGCCAGUUCGCUCUUCACCAAGAGGGGGUGCCCACCGAAGGGGGAGCCUCCUCAAGGUGUUGAUCAGGCCAUUCUGAGCUUUUGCACCUGUGCAGUGGCCCUCCGUCUGUGUGGACUGCAGCUCGAGCCAGGGCCUGUGCACUGAGGCAGUGGGGUCCUUUCUUGGCGCGUAGGGGUGGGUGCUGCAGGGGCUGCCGGCCUGGGUGUGCACUCGGGGAGCUCCUGUUUGCAGUGAUGGCGUUUGGAAGGGGUUAGCUCUCUGAUACCCAUGCCAUGUCCAUCCACCCCACCCCUUUUCCAGUCAUGAGCACAAUGGUCUUACAUUGGAUUUUUGUAAAAAAAAUAAAAUAAAAUGAGACUCUAA